AUGUCCGCAUUCGAGGGCGUCGCUUGUUGUCCAAAUCGAGCGUACACAUUUGCAGCAUCGGAGGGUGGACCGGUCUUCCAAGCUCAGAGCCAGAAGAGCGAUUCUUUGGAACGUGCAUCUAUAUCGGCGAGCCGCUUGCACCACGUUGAGAGAACCCUGUUGGGAGUUGGUUGGGAGAUUCAGAAUAGCAGGCUUGGAGCUUGGAGUGCCACGCAAACAGUCAUCCUUGGGGCCUCAGCAGCUGUUGCCAACGUAUACGGGACGUUAGGAGAAACUGUUUUUGAACCCACUUCAUAUCAGUUGCAAGCUAACUUAUCUUUCGACAGGGGUAGGGGGUGGGAGGCGCUACAUGGGUUUAAAUCCGACGAAUCACUUAUGUUUGAUCCCGUGCCUCGGCACGACGCACAGUUCUGCGACAUGAGCGAGGAUUGCGCCAUACUCACGUUUGCAACAGGACAAAUUCAAGGGAAGGAUGCUCCACCACAAGUCCUCCAAACGUUCGCGAGUUAUCCACAAAUGUCCAUCCAUCACCUGGUUGCGUUCACAUCGAUCUCUACGGACGUGGUUUUGCUGGUCGCUAGGCAAUGUUCUUAUUAUCCCGGCAGCUGCCAUACUAUUCUCAGUGUCACUCUUCUUGAGGAGACAACGCCGAGUUCUUUCAUUCCUGAAGACCCGACUGUUCCAGAGUUUCCUGGUCCCCGGUCCGUCCUUGGUUCCGAGGGAAAUGACAGUGGAGAUAACGAGAACGACCUGAAGGGGAACGAUAUACUUUGCGAUCAACUCCGGACAAAACUUGCAUGA